AUGGCUCCAAUCGUUCAAAAACCAGCUCCAGGCUUCACUGCAACUGCCGUCGUCGACGGUGUCUUCGAGGAGGUCUCUCUCGAACAAUACAAGGGUAAGUGGGUCCUGCUCGCUUUCAUCCCAAUGGCGUUCACCUUCGUGUGCCCAACCGAGAUCAUUGCUUACUCCGAGGCCGCUGCCAAGUUCGCUGCUGCCGACUGUGAGAUUCUCUUUGCCUCGACCGACUCUGAGUACACCUUGCUCGCCUGGACCAACACCGCUCGUGCUGAGGGUGGAUUGGGCCCAGUCAAGAUCCCAUUGAUCGCCGACAAGAACCACUCUUUGUCCAAGGCCUACGGUGUCUUGAUCCCAGAAGAGGGUGUUGAUCUUAGAGGAAUCUUCCUCAUCGACCCAUCUGGAACUUUGAGACAGAUCACCAUCAACGACUUGCCUGUCGGUAGAUCCGUCGACGAGUCUUUCAGACUCUUGGAGGCCUUCCAAUUCACCGAGGAACACGGUGAGGUUUGCCCAGCCAACUGGACUCCAGGUGCUGCCACCAUCAAGCCAGAGGUUGAUGCCUCCAAGGAGUACUUCUCCAAGGCUAACUAG